CGUUAUCAAGGCCGCGAGUACGACGGAUCGGGGUGAGGUGGGGGCCGGGGGGCAGGAGCACCGCUGAUGUCCUCCAGCCGGGUACUGGCUUACCGACUCAGCAGCCCACCAGUCAGCGACAGAAGCAGCGCGUUGGUCGUGCCAGGGCCCGGCCGGUGGUGGCGCCGGCGCCCUUGGGCCAAACCCACACCCCGACAGGCCCCGCUGCGGCCCCCACCAGGGCGCCGGAGGACGAGGAGGCGGAGGAAGAGUGCGGAGCUGCUGGUGGUGCCCGUGAGAGGACGAGCUGCAGGCACCGGUGCUCUGCCACCGCCAGCCAGCCCGGCUCUGAAUGUCUUCGAACAUACAGAAGUCGUGCGUGGGGCUUGAAGCGACAUUGAGUGACAGCAAGAGGAAAUACAUCGAUAAGGUGAAUGCACUUUUGGCCGCUUGGGAGCAUGUCACCAAUUAUAUUACUAAUACUUCAGAGACAACCCAGUCUCUCAUAGAAUGGGCGAACGAGCACACGCUCGAACUGGUAUUGCGCGGCGAAUGGCCGAAGCUUGCACCUGCGACGAGGACGCACCUGAACGUGACGCUGCAGAGGUGCGCGAGUCAACUUGUCCAGCAGCAGCAUCCUUCGGCGAAGCGUUGUCAGGCGCUUAUCGACUUUGUUCAGGAUCCAUGGGGCAAACCGGCCCUCGACAGGAUACUUAACGGCCAGUUGAAUCCCGAACAUGAGGAGGAAGAGUUCUGCUGUCAAGAGAAAGGAGAGCUAUUAAAGAUGAGGCUAAAGAUACUAUGCGAGGAUCGCUGCGAGGACAUUGCGGUGAACCUCGCCGCAGCAUGCGUUCGUUCGCUGCGCAGGAACGAGCGAUUGCGAUCACUGUCCGAACCUGGCCACGUCCACUAUAUGAUCGACGUCUAUAUCGUCUUAUUGUACAAACUCAAACGCACCCACGAUAUCGUCGCCCAAUUAAAGUUAAUGGACCUGAAGGAUGGACUCGAACUUAUGCAGAGGCUGAGCGGAGAGAAGCCAACUAAGUAUGGAACUGCGCGCGUCUGGCGAAACUCGAGUAAAGCAGCGGAGCUCGUUGCCCAGUACCUCGUGACGACAGGUAUGGUGAGGCCCCUGGCCGAGGUAAGCGCCGCCACCCUCGAGCAGAUCCUCAACUCAUGGGCACUCUUACACGCCAAGUCUAAGGAUGUCGUCGCAACACUGCCCGGCAUCAUUAGGAAGUUAAUUGAGCCAGCGGAGAGCGCUCAGCAUAUAUACAUAUUUUGCGGGGUGUUAAUUAAGCAUUUUGGCGAUACAAUAAAACCGCUGGUGAUUGAACUCUAUAUUCGCGCCUUGACCACGGAUAUGAAUGAAUUAGAGAACCAGAAAUCCAAGGGCGACAAAGAGAAAGUCCAGGAGACAGCACAGCGGCUCAGUCAGGAGUUCCUCAAACUGGCCGAUUAUGUGAGCGACAGCGUUGGCAUCGCUCGCGAGUGUGUGCUCACCGCAUUUUCGCUGCAUCCAACCAGAGCCUGUUACGAUCGGAUUAAGGAUAUGGCCAUCGCUUGCGGCAAGAUAAUCCGCGAGGCCCAUGCAUCCAAGGAAGCGCUAUUUAAAGGAGCUGAAACUAAAUUCGAGGCAGAUAUUAACACCAAAAUCAAGACGGAAAAGAUGAAAAAAGAGAUAAAAUGCGAGGAGUCUACGAGUCUAGAUGAUAUUGAAAUAACGUCGAUUGAGAAUGCAGUCUGUGUACAGUUGAAUGAUGGUAAUCCGACAAUGACGCUAGAGCUAACAACGAUGGAAAAGUCAAGGAUAAAAGAAGAGUCAACAGUGGUUAAGACGUUGAGAAGGAAAGACAAGUCGAAAGAAAGUUUCUCGGAUAACCGGAGUCAGCAGCAGUGCCAUUCGCAAAAUCCUAUGACAAUUAAGAUCGAUACAGACAAAGAUAUGGUAAUUAAAGAAGAAAUGUUGUCUGAAAUAAAAAGGGAUACCAAUCAAGAUGAACCAUCUGCAAGGAUUGCACCAAUUAUUGAAAGGAAUCAGGGCGCAUUAAUCCUUAUUAAAGGCCAUGCCGUAACCGGUUCAGCUAAUUAUGAUGAGAAGGCAGUGCCCAGUCAAGUGCUAGAUGGCGAGAAGCUCGGGAUAAGUCCACAACUUUGUGACGAUCUUGCCGUUGUAUUAAGUAGUCAACGGUAUCAUGUACUCACUUGGUGGCUAGAUUGGAAAGAACUUAGCGAACUCUGUGAAAGGUAUCUUGAAAAUGCUGAAGAGAUGCGCAAUACAAAUAAGGAGCUUAAGUACCUGAACAUUGAUUAUUCGCAGUUCAAAGAUCAGCCAUACGAAGACGAUCCACGCGAUGCUCUUUUCUAUGGUAUUGAAAAAGGCUAUGAACAAUGGGAUGAUUCAGAUUACUCGGAAUCUGACAUGUUCCAGCAGUCGUCAGUUACGAAAGCGCCGACAAGACGUAGCCUUGAUGAUAGCUCAGAUACAGACAGCGAGAACGUAGUUGCCCAGCCGGUGAAAAGAGGCAGGCCAAAGAAGGUGCCGCGACUUGAGUCGUCAGAAAGUGAAUACGAUGUACGGCAUCGUAAGUCCAAACAAAGAUUUAGAAAAGCUUUGAUAUCGAGUUCUGAGAGCGACAUUAACACACAGGAUAGUCAAACUGAUAGUUUAGGAAGCGAUGGAUUUAAGCGAGAAUUAAAGAUGAAUAAGAAAACAUGCAAUGGCACCAAAAAGAUAACAAAGCGACGACCAAAGAAGACAAAACUAACGGUAGACUCAGUAUCUCAUUUUCAUAUGCUUGUAAAUGAAAAUAUCCGACCUAGUAGUGGCGUAGACGGCGUUGGUGACAAUAGCAAUAAUGACAUUAUGACCCUUUUCUCGGCAGAUAUGGAUGAGAAUAAGCGCGAAACUAUUAAAGGUUCAGCGGCAUUUAAUGCUGCACAACUAAUAAUUACGGAGAAGCGUAGUGAUCCCGAAGUCAUUAAAUCCCUACGCAUGUUCAGGCCACAUUCUAAAAAGCUUACACAGGUCAAUAAAAAAUCAUCCAAUAGUAUCAACGCUACUAGCAAAAAGAAAGAGAAUAACAACAUGAAUGAAAAUAAUGAGAAUGGUAUGUCAACGAAAUUCGCUCCAAUGCUCAGCACAUUAAAUCUCAAUCCGAAAAUUGCUUUGAGAAGAGUCGAUGAAAUCGAUAAAAAAUUGGCGUUGCAACAAAAGAAACAACAGGUCACUGCUGGAGAUUUGAGUGAUGAACUAAGGAAUAUACAAAAAACCAUACCAUUUUCUUCCAAUAAAAAUUCCUUAACUGGCUUUUCUAAGCAAAAAACAUUGACGAGGCCACGGAAGAAUACAACAGCAAAGUCCAAACUUCAACAAAUCUUAUCGAAGACGGUACCAGGUAUGCGUUCAAUGGAGUUCUCAGUGCUACCACGUGUCCAGUCAACAGUCCACGUAGUUCAGUUAACGCGUAAUAUAUCGCAGAGUCCAAAUUCCAAUGCUUCGAGUAAUACACCACCACGUAAUCGUAGCAACAUCCAAUUGCCAGGAACCCCGUCGUCGGGCGGACACGAUAGUGGCGUAGGAAUGAGUCCCGCAGGACAGACACCACCUCCUCCCACCAGAUCCUCGUCCCUUCAGGAUGUCGGUGAGGAAGCCAAUCAACCACCUGAUACUUCACCUGGAUUAGAUUCUACGAAUACAUCAACCAUGGAUUCCAUAGAUAAUACGAGGACCGUCGCUUUAGCUGUACUAGCAAAUCAAAGAAUCGGCUCGAAUCAAUCACCAAAAAAGUCGCCAUCGCCAUCAACAAUCAAUACUACUGAGCAACAGCUUGUUCUUUGUAAACCAGAUGGCACUUAUCACCUCGUUAGUCCGAGUAUCGUCACAGGCCAACGGAACAUAUUAUCUCUGCAGAACUUCGAGGAUGGAAACAUUGGUUUUGCGCGACAGGUGUCUGUCGCUUCUGUAGCUGGUACUGACGCCAAGACGACACAGUCGCAGACCAAUAGGAAUGCUGGACUACCCAAGUUCCAACAAGCCUUCGGCAAAACCAUCUGCACUUUGUCAACCGAGUCAACGACUGUACCGUCCUCGUCUGCAGCUGACACACACGAAGCACCAGCAGCACCAGCCGGAGCAGCUACGAAUGUUCAACGGGCAGGCAAUAAAUCGUCAACCUCUUUGAAUAUGUCGAAAGCUGUGCAGACAUCUGUGCAGGCAUCCGUGCAGAACACGAACAUCACAAACAUUCCAAAUCUGCAAGUAUCCACGGGAGCUCGACAGAUUCUCAACAUUGUCCAAAGUGCGGUGACGAGCGCCAACUCCAGUGCGGGUAAUCCUGGACAAACACUACAGCUCUGCAGUGUGCCCAACUCGACCCCUGGAGUUAUCUACACGCACAAGAUACCUGUAACGAUCGCUGGAGCAAAUCCAGCAACGCAAUUAAUAUCCAUACCUGCAUCUAUUUCUAACAAUCGAUCACCGGUACAGGUGAAGCUGAAUAUCAUAAGGACUGCACCGUUCCGAUCAGCUAGCGGGGCGAUUCAGGCAGUUUUGGCCUCGAGGAUACAACAGCCUCAACAGAUUCAGCAAGUACAGCAACAACAGCAGCAAAAUGUGAGAUCGGCCGAUUCUUUAAUAAACUCGUCGAUGGAGAUGCCGAAUCAAGUGAGUUCAUCCACCCUCGAGCAGCUCCGCGAGUUUGAGAGCGUAUUGGAGCAAGUUAAGGAACGUAGUACGAGUCAAUCGUCCUCGAGUGAUACGACCACUGUGCAAACGCAAACGCAGUCCCAGGCAGUGCAGAACACCGCGCCGGCGAAACAGUCCCAGCCACAGCAGGUUUCUGUGAGCGCUUUGACACAACAACUCCUUAUGUCCUCGCAAUCACCCAGUAGUGCUCUCGAAUUUCCCAGCAAUGGCAAUACUCUAACAUUCCAGCAGCAGGAGGUUUAUCCACAAAAAGUGGCUCUGAUGUACACAAAUCAAAAUAGCAGCACAGCGACAUCGAAAGUAGUAAACUCGACACCGGUUGUCGUUGUCACAUCGUAUUGCCAACCAGCAGCGUCUCCGGCAUUGAGUGUUACUUCUCAAAGUUCGUCGAGUCCAUGCGUAACACCGGCGCCUACACCCGUUUCAUCUACUGGGAAAACGCCACCUCAGUCAUCUUCAAAAAGUACAAAGAAGGCUGCUCCCAAAACAGUUAAAGUGAACACCCAGAGUACAGCGAAGACAGCUCCGAUUCCUAAACCUCAACAGAAACCCCAGGAGGAUCCUGAGACGACCCAAAGGAUAUAUGCGAUCCUAGGCCAGUAUGCGGAGCAGUUACGUAAUUCGCCGGACUUAAACAACAAGCCAGCACCGAGACGACGUUCAAACCCACCGACGAAUCCCAACCAAUCGUCGAAACGCAAGAAAUCUGGUUCAAGCAAGUCCAAGGCGGUCUCGGGCCAACAGACAUCCGAGCCCAGCCCCAGUGCCGAGGAUACAGGCAGGACAAUGGGUAGCGAGGAUUCGAGUGGCGGUGGCGGAAGUCUUACCGCGGGUGUCGGAUCAGCGACUGCAAUACUGCACGUGCAAGACAGUCCAGCCAACUUUUCCGCCAGCGACGACACACUUGCUGGAAGCAAUAACAUCAGCCAAAGUUCUACUAAUGAUAAUGCAACGCUUAGAAGUGUGUCGGAGACAAAGAGUACAAAUGCAGCUAGUGACUCCAACGACGGUGUAGAAGUAAACAUGAAAAGGCGGAAUCUUAUAUUUGCCGAACCCAAUACAGGUCAAACACGAGCGGUAAUUGUGCAAGAAGCGCUUCAGUCGGGAGUAGGUGAGACUCUCGCCUCGGUGACGAGCAAGAUGACGACGGGCACGGCGGUAUUGGUCUCAGGUACGAAUUUCAUGCUUCCCAUGAACUUUGUUAAAAGUGGACAACAGAUAACGGUCGUUUCGGGGAGCUCAAAGCUCCUUGCGGCUGUUCCGACGGUUCGUACAACCGGCGGCACCUCUGGCGUAUCCAACGCCUUUGUUCUACAGUCCCUCCUCAAUCAAGCAAACAAGGUCAUCCAGCAGCAGCAACAACAACAACAACAACAACAACAACAACAACAGCAGCAGCAAAAGCAGCCGCAACAACAACAACAUCUAAAAUUGUCUCAACAAAGUCAGAUUGUGAUACCGCAGGGCACGGGCGUCGUAAGAUUUGCUAGUGAAGAGGUCGAGAAGGGCGAGAUGAAAGUCGAGGGGGGCAAGACACCAUUGGCGACAAUUGGACUUUUCCAACAUUCGGGCGUCAUAACGAGUAAUCCGAAUAUCGGCCAGCGGAUCUGUAAUUCUUCCAGUGUUAAGGUUCCAAUGGCUAAGCUCGAAGGCAAUCAGCAACAACAACAAAUGGUGCGUUUGACCACAACGAUGAAGGAUGGUGAGUCCAAGGCGGCUACAACCAUUGCUCUCGCGUUUACCGCAAGUAACGACGUUGCUAGUGCCGUAUCUCAGGGCCAAAAGGAGACUAAGAACGGCGUGGUUCCCGAGGACAACAAGAUUGUGUCCCCCAAGACGGUUAAAAGAAAAGAGGAACAGAUCCUCGCAGAUACGAUCACACAAUGUAAUGCUGGCGCCGAUACGUCGGAAUCACUCAGUAAUAAAGUAAAACAGUCGUUGUCGUCUCCAUCACUGGCUUCUGUGACAACACCAUCCUCGUCUUGUCUUGAUGCAGCCACGCAGUUACUUGUGAGUGGUGGGCCAAGUAGUUCGGACAGCCAAGAAUCAGUGUCGUCGACGAUCCCAAACUCGACAAUGGAGAACAGCAGCAUGGACGGAGUGAAGCUUGAAAACGGGGUGCUAUGCGGUAAUGCCCGACUUCAAGAGGCUUGGGAACCGGAGAGGAAAGGCUCACCGGACACACCUUGGCGGUACAUACCAACGACAAAUUCACUGGGUAUCGAUCACCUGAAGGUUUACUCCCGUGACGGUGAGAACUCGGAGAGCGUCCACAGUAGCGUACUUCAGAUCAUCAAUAAAGGCCAGGGCAUCGAAAUGACGAGUGGUGGCGUGUUCCAUACGAAAAAGUACUAUCACACGAUGAAUAACUCAAUGGAGCCCUUCCAGAAAUUUCCGAGUAAGGGACUAACAAAGCCCGGACACACUAACAAUGCUCGCUCUACCGCUGAGCAGGAAAAUCAACAACGACUUAACGACAGGAAGCAACAAAUAAUCGAAUGCGAGCUUAGACUUCAGAAGAGUUUGAGCGAGGAGUGCGAGGACCUUGGUGUCGAUGAACCAAGCACGAGCGAUCUCUUCCCCGAGGCAGAUCUGCUCUUCGACACCAAUCACUCUCCCUCCUUUGAUCAUUCCUCACAAGAAGCCAGCUGCAGCCAGACUUUGAGCGGUACGAGCACAUUGAGCGGCAUCAAAUCAUAUGCCGGAGCAAGCAGCAGCAGCAGUAGUUCCUUCUUUAAAUCAUUGGACUCGGUAUCAACAAGCAGUAGGGACGCGAGUCCUGUAGUCGUGACCUCGGUUCCAUAUCGCGAGCCAAAGAAGAAGACACCGAUUCAGAGACGGACCCCGAAGCUCAAGGAUUCGCAGACGAGGAGGAACAAGCGGAACUUAGACGGCCAACAAUUAGUCGAUGGUACAAGUGCCAGUACCACUGCCAAGCAGCUCAGACUUAGCCUUAUCGACAAUUUGAGCCAAGACGAAGCUUCCAAUAGUAACUCUGACCUUUCCCGACUGUCACCCGCUACCGAUAAUGACUUCUGUAAAGAAACGUUCAAUCAAAAGAUAACAAAUAGAAACGGAUCAAAGGAUAGAGAAGAUACACUGAGUAGUAGCAGAUCGAGUAGUCAUUCGCAGGUAAAGCUCGAUAUGGACGUGGAGCCAUCGGGAACCAGUGCAACAUCAAGUUCUGUACGACGUUCUCUAAAAAUCAACAAUGUUUCUUCAACGGCGAGUUCGGCCGAAGACGACGAGAGCUUAACGCUACUCGAGGAUAGUGCCGCUAGCGUUACAAUACCCUCGCCAUUAUCACCCAUUGCCGGGCCUCUCCUCAUGACACACAGAUUUACUUACGCCAACAAUAAGAAGCGACCGACGGCGGUGAAACAACCUCGCGCCAUCGACUUCUUCAGUGUCGAUACGAGGACAACAAGCUUAAACUGGGAGAGUCCCAUGUCAGAAAGAACGAGAUCGAGCAGUGAUAAUGAUGAGGACGACGACGAAGAUGAGGACGAUGGCGACGAAUCUCCACGCAUAAGUGGUACAGUCGUUCCAGCUCAGCUUGAGCAUAAUAUAGGUGGCAUUGGCAAUGGUUUGCAGGAAGCUAUAACGAGGAGUGUACCUGCAAUCAAGGUCACGCCCGUUGAUCACGCUACAUAUUCAGCUAAAAGAAAAGCACCAGUAGCUCGAAGGACUACAAUUAAUCAAAGGAGUGGUGGAUUCGUCAAAAGGUCAACAGCAACGAAUAAAUCAACGGACUCAAAGCCUGUGAUUUCAAAAUCUCUCUCUAAAAAGUUGAAGCAAUCAACGGCUUCGGCAACAGCAACUGCAACGGCAGCAAUAAUGACAACGAGUGAGAACGAGUCUUCGAGUCCCAUUACCACGGUCGACAAGUUAUACGAAGUGGGCCCCUCUGACGACGAGAACAGUGCGACAACACUUAUGAGCCUCGGAGCCCUCGAUGUCGGAGCCGAACACUGUUUGACGGCGCGUAGAUUGAGCCUACGCGGUCACGUGAAGAAAGGUUGCGCCUGCUGUAAUGGAUCACCAGAGAGGCCCAAAAGCAAAAAGCUCAUAGUACCAAAGUUCCAGCAGCAACAGCAGCAUCUCCAGCAGCAACCCGAGAAUCAUAGUCCUAGUAAAAUUAAGAGAUCGAAACAACAGUCGCAUCAACACCAGGAAAAUCAACAUCAUCAUCAUCAUCAGCAGCAGCAGCAGCAACAGCAGCAGCAACCCGACGAAGACGACGACGAAACUCUUAGUGAAGAAGAGGUAGUCCUAGCUCACACGCGUCUGUACAUUCUUCGUUCGUGA